GGAAUUGUCAGUUAGUGGAGCGAAGUGUUGUUGGAUGCUCGUCAAGUCAUUCACUGCUCUUUUACCAAAAUUUAUAUUGCACCUCUAGCGGUGUAAAGUUCAAAAGUCGUUAAGUGUUUUAUAGAUGAAAAUUAAAAAGAGAAACGAUCCCUAACAUUUCCAGUGGAAAAAUCUCUCAACACAAGUCUAAAAAUGGGGAUUAAAAGUUAAAGGCCGGAGCAUUGACAAAAUCGGCGGUAAAUAAUGUAAAUUCAAAAAAUGUUUGAAUAAUUUAAAAAAAUUUUGUUGAUAAAAAAUUAUGCGAUAAUGAAUGGACAUAAUUACCGAAUACUUUUGCUUUACUCAGUGCGGAGUGUAAUUAUAUAACGAUAAAAAUGAAACGACGAUAAAUCUCGAGAAAUGUGCAUUUAUCCCUGGAGUUGCUGUGGAAAAUAGUCUUAUCAAUGAAUUAAAUGUUUCCUAAGUCUCGUCUCAUGAAUUUCUAGUUCAACAACUAAUAGAUACUCCUCAUCGCACUCCGCCGCGGGAAUUAUCGCGCCUGUACUAAUUAAAUAUUUCAAAUAAUAAAGGGAGUGUGAACUCUUCGACGCGAAGAAAGGGGAAAAAAUAUAGAAAAGUGUUGAUCGAGUGCAGAAAAGGAUUUCAGUGUGCGAUGAAACGCGAAAGGAUACCACGGAGGAGAGGUCUGGUAGCGAGCACAGGACAAAACCACUCGGAUGUGACACCCGAUUUGUACAACGGAAGGGCCGAAAUUCUAGAGCGCCUGCACCCGACCUUGGAAGGCCCAAAUAAAUUCGAAAAUUGUGAAGGGAGAACGAGCAUCUGUGGGGAUGAAGCGGCUUGUUGGACGUUACCCAAUAACACUACUAAGUGCGUUUGUCCACAUGAUUUAUCUCCACCCACUGAUGACCUCAGGUGUCCAAGACGAUUCACCGUACCCCUCACAGAACCCCGACCGAUACAUAUUAAUGUCAUACCACCUACUGGUAAUUCCACUAAUAGUACCGGUCCUCUACUCAUGACUAAACAGGUGGAGGAUAGACAUCACGAAAAAAUCGUGGGUAUGAUUGGCGUUUUGAUAGGCUGUCUGGUACUAAUCGGAAUCGUUGUAGUUAUAUUCUGCUUAUGGAGAAGAAAAUGUUACAGUAAAAAAGUCGAGCGAAAAACUCUUGACUUAACCCCAUUGAACUUGAAGAGAAGUCUCCUGCUCCCCAACAAAUACAUCGCCAACGCUCAGUACUUCGGUUGUACGCCCCCAGAAGUGCCGAUUCUUCGGCGAGAUCACUUAGUCUUUCUCUAUGACGUAGGUGAGGGUUGUUUUGGAAAGGUGUACAAAGGUGAACUUUGUCACGGUGACAGAACGGAAAUUGUUGCUGUUAAAGUACUGAAAGACUCAGCGUCACGCGAAGCUGAGGAUGACUUUAUGAGAGAAGUUGAAAUAAUGUCAACUUUUCAUCACGAUAAUAUUCUGUCACUGAUAGGAGUUGUUCUCAGAGACUCCAGCAACAGUCCUUGGAUGGUUUUUGAGUACAUGCCCUAUGGUGACCUGGCGGAAGUCCUGAGAGCCAAUUCACGAGAAUUUCGCAGCUGCUCGAUGGCCAAACUGGAGCCCUUGACGAAGGACUCAUUGUACUGGAUUUCAGUGCAAAUUGCCUCAGGUAUGACCUAUCUCUCGGCCCAGAGAUUUGUACAUCGUGACCUUGCCUGUCGUAAUUGCCUCGUUGGAGCUGAUUUAGUUGUUAAGAUUGCCGAUUUUGGAAUGUCAAGGGAUGUCUACACUUGUGACUAUUACAAGAUUGGUGGAUCUAGAAUGCUCCCAGUUCGUUGGAUGUCCCCGGAGAGCGUGAUGUAUGGUCGUUUUACUCUCGAGAGUGAUGUCUGGAGUUUCGGGGUUGUCUUAUGGGAAGUUUACUCGUACGGUAAACAGCCCUACUAUGGCCACAACAACGAGGAAGUUGUUAAACUCAUUUUACAGGGUAUAAUGCUGAUACCACCGGAGGAUUGUCCACCAUUCAUAUGUAAAAUAAUGUCAGAGUGUUGGAAAUCCGAGUCACGCGAUCGAUUGAGAUUUUCGGAAAUACUUGAGAGAUUGGAGAAGGGACGGGAGAUUAUGGAAAUGCCAGAAAAGGGAAGUUUACCGAGGCCACCACAGGGACCUGUGGCAAUUCGCUCUCUCGAUCUUCUGGACUCAGAGGGAUAUCUUGUACCUGCACCAGCACAACCGCAGGAGUAUCUCCAACCACUACCUCCAUUCAAUGUGUAAAUAGAGAACUUACUGUCAAUGGGGUGCAUGUUCUGGAAUCAUUCGAUAGCUGACACAUUUCAGUGGAUUCAUAACUGCUGACGUGGUGAACAUCCCCUGAGCACUUGGAGAUUCACUCAAAAUCGCAGACACCUGAUGUGAAAUUUAGAAAUCGAUUCCAGGAAAAAUAUCUUCCUCUCUUAGGAAUCGAUGAAAAAUUAUACUAAAACAGUUGAUGAAAAGAAAAUUAGUAUAAAAUUGAAUAAACUACUAAUGUACACGAAAAAAAAUAAUAUAAAAAUGUAGCAAAUCAGUAGAAAUCAGAACUUUUCUUCUGAUUUCUACUGAUUGAACGUUUCAUUAAGAUUUUGUCACUGUUAUUGAAAUGUUCAAUGGAAAAUAUUUUGGAAAAAGUUCAUGUGAUUCGAUUUUUCGAAAUAUAAAUUAUUCUAUUCACAUAUUUUUCAGUAAUAAAACAAAAAAGGAGACAACUGAGUUGUGGAGAUUCCAUAGAAAAUAUGUAAAUAAAAAAAAGUUGUAUAGAAAAAUCGAAUUCUGUCGACUCUUUCAGAGAAAGUUUGUAUUAAUACAUCGUCUCCACUAUCAACGUUCUUUUUUAAGAAUUUUUCACGCCUCCAGGAGCAGUGCAUAGUAUUAUUUAUGAGAUUGAUCCCUCUGCCGUAAUUGUACAUAAUUUAUGACUCAUAAGAUACAUAUAUAUUUUAUAUUCGAUUGUUGCACCAUGAAGACGUCCAAGUUAUCACCAAAAAGAAAUAAAUAUUUUCCGAUGAUAAUAAA